AUGAUGAACGUGGUACUUUCCCAACCGUUAGGUGCACAUCACGCCACAAUAAUCGAUGAUACCUGCAGUCCACCUGUAUCGAGUGGAAGAUCGUCAAUAGUACGUGAUACUCCCCCGCCAGCUGCAGCUGCGUUGUCCUCUUCGAAAUGUGAUCAACCGUCAAAUUUGGAAAUAUUGGCUUCAUCUGCCACCAUUGUCCCACUGCCAUCUAACAUGGGCACUCUGAUUGGUUCAUCGCUCGUUAAGGUGUUUAUUACUGCAUUGACUUUAUUCAACAAUUUGUAA